AUGGAGGCCGAGGUUCUCAAGCCCCUGCCUUUGCGCUUCACCCCAGUGUCAGCUUGUACUUCGUCAGCUGUUGCAGAACCAGGAAGGGCUGUGUCGUUGACGAGGCUGCGCGGGGUUCCAGUCCGCAGGGAGACAGAAGGGCAAGCUCGCGCGCCGCUGCCGGAGCCCCCCAGCGCGGACACCCCGAGGGAUGUGAGUGCGCCCCGAGCCCGAGGCCCGCGCUGCACGCCCCGACCCGCGGCCUGCGCCCCAAGGACCCGCUCGCCGCCCCUCCCCCAGGCCUGUCCGAGCUUGCCGCUCGCCGUCAUGAAGGGUCUCUGCCUCGCGCUGCUGACCGCCCUGCUGUGCUCGGCGCCCGCUUAUGGCCUGUGGUGCCAGGAUUGCACGCUGACCACCAAUUCCAGCCGCUGCACCCUCAAGAAGUGCUUGGCCACGGACACUGUGUGCGCUAGUAUCCGCAUCACCGACCCCAGCAGCAGCAGGAAGGACCACUCCGUGAACAAGAUGUGUGCCUCGUCCUGUGACUUCGUGAAGCGACACUUUUUCUCAGACUAUGUGAUGGGAUUCAUCAACUCGGGGAUCCUGAAAGUGGAUGUGGACUGCUGUGAGAAGGAUUUGUGCAAUGGGGUGUCGGGGGCUGGGGGUAGCCCCUGGGCCCUGGCUGGGGGGCUCCUGCUCAGCCUGGGGCCCGCCCUCCUCUGGGCUGGGCCCUGA